CAAAGACCGACAGCUCAGCAAUAACAGCCCUCAACGUCGUUUCUUCAAGCUUCACCCAAUAUAGCGCUCAACUGAAUGGGAUCCUGCGCAAAACACAGAGGAGACGGCAUCGUUCACCAUCGCUCUAUUACCGAAUCUGAUAACUGCAAUUGAGCGCGCACUCCGCAUUCGGAUUACAUAUAUACAGAAGCUGAACACAUUUCCUGAGCUUCCUUCUCUAGUAAGGGGAUGGGGGUAUGACCGACCCCCGACUCCCAACUCUGUUCUAUCAGUUGUAGGAGCGCUUUGCAGCAUGCUAUCGCCGAGAAGAGGGGUCGAUCACAGGCCCGCCGCUACGAUUUUAACCCAGGUUGCUGUCAUUGCAAUCUUCGUUUCUAUGAGCGCUUGCAUGCCAGGGUCUUCUUCCGUAUGCCCACGUAGCCUGGACUGUGCCCGAGCAAGGAGGCAUUUCUGCCAGCCGGGCAGCUCACACUGUGGCCCCUGCCUCACCCCGCUGGUAGAGAACUCACAUGGCAGAUGCAUAGUGAAGAGGAGGCCCAGUCACGCCCCUCAUUUUGGCAAAGUGACCACUUUCCCUGAAGUGGACGAGGAGAUAGACUUCCUGUCCACCAUCAUCAGCCAACAGGAGACUGAAUCAGGUUUCAGACAUCCAGCUUCUUCCUUUCAGGAUGUUCCUAAAGUCAAGGAGGAGGAGGAUGACAGAUCAAUGAUCCUCACCCAACGGCCUACCACAAAGCAGCCUACUACACACGGCGCCACCACAGCCCCUCCACCCACCUCUAUCACUACAGCCAACACCACCACUACCAGCCACUCCACAGCAGUACGCAGCGGUCCCCUGAUCAUCCCUUACCCCUCCAACAGCCGAGUGUUUAUCAUCAUGACCAGUGUGUUUUUGGUUGUGGGGUCUGUUGCCUUGCUCUUGGCUGCUGUCUGUUGGAUCAGGUUGCAGAGAGGUGUGCGGCUGGCUCAGAAGGUCGACUACCCGGCCUAUGGGGGGAUGGGGCCCCAUUCCUAUGACAAUGAUGUGCUUGGGGAUAGGAGGUUGGCUCAGAGUGCCCAGAUGUACCACUACCAACACCAGAAACAGCAGAUGCUCUGCCUGGAGAAACACAGGGAUGAACCCAAGGUGCCUGACUCCGGGGCCACGUCAGAUGAGGAGAAUGAGGAUGGGGAUUUCACGGUAUAUGAGUGCCCUGGGCUUGCCCCGACAGGAGAGAUGGAGGUGAAGAAUCCUUUGUUUGAUGACUCCACCCUUUACCUUCAGAGGAGCCACAAGUAACCCUGACAACUCUGGACAUUCUGAUAUGCACCUAUAAAACAUACCACCCUACAUGUACAGGAAGAUCAAAUCAUACUCACUCCCUUGCACACCGACAAACACACAUCAGGUUUCUCUGUUUAACCUUUUGACCUGUCCCACGUGAUACACUACUUCCACUGAAGGGCUGGUGAUGAGGAGGAGGACUGUAUGAACGCUAUAUCUAAAUGACCGACUGACGUGAAUCUCCUCUUGAAACAGACUGAUAUCUGGGACCAAUGACGUCUCACACUCUCAGAAAACCUACAUGAUCUUUAAGCUUUCCGUCUGGCCUAUCAUAACCAUGCCUUGUUUUGUUGUAUGUUAACUCUGUUAUCUCUUGUGGAUUCAUUCUGUAAUAUCCUCUGUUUUUUCUGUCAAACAUGUGCACAACCAAAUACCUGACUGAGAGAUUAAUGUGUAUGAUGAUGGAUACUAUUCUCCAUGUUCUGCAAGAUUCUAUACCUGAACUUUUCCAACAAGAAAUUCUUGUUUUUGUGUUCUGUUGCAAAAUGUUAUGCUACGGUGUGCACUAAUGAAUACCACCCUGCUUCAUACGACAUAUACCGACAGAAAGGUUCAGGAAGAGAGCAGAGAAGGACUACAUUGAAAAAAUAAAUGUGUUAUGGGUCUGUGGGUGUAUGAUUUAUUACAUUACACAAUCUGUGGAGACUAACUUUGAAUCUGGCAUCAUACUUUUGAAUGUUACCCAGACCAUGACUUACAGUGAACUAUACAGGCCAAUGUCCAAACCACAAACCUUUAGUAAUAGUGAACAGGAAGAUUGUGUUGGAGGCAAACAUUUUGUGCAGAAUGUGAAAUUGAAUAACCAAUCCAGAUACAAAUUCUCUAAAUAAUAGACUGCAGCAUUACCCAGACUCCUGGACUAAAAAGCAUUGAUAAUCUCAGUUGAAAAUUCAGUUGAGGAAUAGGCUUAAUCUGGGUCUGGGAACUGGUCCUAUAAAUCAUUCUGGAACUGCAGAUGUUAGGCCAUAUGCCUUUGAAACAGAGCUGGAGCACAGUGGGAAUAUGCCAAU